CAAUUUUUUAUCAUAUGAAAAUAAUACCUCCCAAAUCAUUAACCAUCAUCAUCAUUUCAUCUUUAACCAAGUGGAGGUUAGAGCUAUGUGUGUGUUUGAAAAAGGCAAAUAAAUAACAAAAUUGGUUAUCAACAUCAAACAACGAAUCGAAUAUCAACUAUAUUUGAGCCAAUCAAAUCAUCAUCUCUUUUAACUGGAUUAAAAAACAAACAAAAAUAUUCCCAGCAAAUAUUGUAAAUCAUAUAUAGUCUGUUUUAUAAUAACAACAAUUCUGAUUCCAUAUUGUAACGAAGAAUAUAUACAACAUUUGGCAUAAUGUGAAAACCACAUCACAUCACACAAACACACGCACAUCAUUGCCAUCAUGAAAACAAUAAUAAUAAGUGUGUGUAUUGUGUAUGUGUGCAAACACUUGUAUACAUUUGUUUAAUAUUUUGACAUCAUAUUUCAUUAUUCAAUCAAUUCGAAUUCUGUUUCAAUUUUCAUUUCUAUUGAAUUUCCAUCUCAUUCAAAAUCAUCAAAAUCAAAAAAAAGUCAUCCUCCACAUAUUCGAAUGUCAGCAAGUAGAUUCGAUUAUAUAUUCUUAUUAUAAAUAAUAUUCUAAUUAGCUUGACAUUUGUCAGGAAUGGUUUGAUUUGUAUUCUAAAAAUGAAAAAAUAUGAAUUUAGAUCAUCGUUGACAUCUUGAACACAUGUUUAUUAUUUUUCUCAAUUAUAUUUAUCAUCAAUAUUGUUUUUCAUUUCAUCAAAUCAAUUCCAAAUACUAAUGACAUAUAUGAUCAUUCUGUACAGAAUUCUUUCUAAAUUAAUAUUUUUCCAAUGAUUAUUAUGUAUAAAAGAACGAAAUUGAAUGAACUAUUAUUAUGGUUAUUAUUAUUAUUAUUAUCUGAUGUGAUGUUACCUACCUAAAAACUUGAUUUAUUCUUUUUUCUCAUUGAGAAAAAACCAAUUUGUAAAGUGUAUCAAAGAUCAAAAGCAACCAGGAAACAUAAAAAACAUAUAUAUUUAAGAAAAGUGAAGGAAAACCAAAACAAAACAGAAAAAUCAUCACACUGAAUAAUCUGAUAUUGUAUUUUGUAUAGUGUUUAUCUCAAAAAAAAGAAAAGAAAAACUCAAAAGGUCGAAUUUGCUCGAUUAUUUUGGCUGCUUUUUAAAUGUAAAAUCUUAUUGCCUCGUUCUCUAUUUGUAUAUGUACAAAAAAAAACAAAAAAGAUAAAUAACACACGCUGGAAAGCGGAAAGAAUUUUGUAAAUUGUUUCAUCAUUCUUUUUCUCACACUCAACCUGUCUGUGUCAACAAAAAUCAAAGAAUUGUUUCAUCAACACAUAUUUUUUCGGCUUUGAUCCCAAAGAUAUAUUGGAAUAUAUUGAGAUAUCAAACCGGAAUCAAUCAAUUUCAACAAUUUUUAUUAAUCAAAUUUAUUGUUGUCUUUCCAUAUUUAAUUCAUUAAUUACUUUUGGCUCGAUUCUAUUUUCAAAGACAAAAAUUAUUAUUUUGAUUAUCAAUUGGAUUGAAUUAUAUCAUCAACAUUACUUAUUCAUCAAGCAAUCGAUAUUCAUCUUUCUGUUUGCGAUAUUUUUCCGCUGCAACAAAUUUAAAAAAAUGUUAAAUGGUCAAAGUGGUACGGCUACAGCAUCUCCUGCUGCAGCAACAUCUAAAUUAGUUGAUCAAACAUCGACAACACCAACUAAAGGUGUUUCAUCAGUUAAUCAAUCAUCAUCAUCUAAUUCAAAUAAUGUUCAAUCAUCAUCAUCAUCAUCCUCUGCAACACAACAACAGGCAAAUAAUUCGAUUGAUGAUGGCGUCACAUCACCAUCAUCAUCAUCAACAACACAACCGAAAACUCAAGAUGAUGCUAUGGUAUCUUAUAUGUUUCAACGUCCACCAAAUCCCGGUGGACAAGAUAAUAAUUCAGAAUUCGGUCAAUAUGCUGUUAAAUCAUCACGAUGGUUUGGCGGCACCGAUGAAACUACAUUGAUUGAUAAUAAUGUACCAAGUGAUACACAAGAAAUUGAAGAUGGUUUUAACACUUUAUCAUUGGACAGUGAAGGACCAUUUGCUUCGACUACAAAGAAAAUCUGGGGUAUUGAAGAUACACCAUCAUCGAAAAAUCAUGCCGAUGUUGAUCCAUCAAAAGUAUUGUUCACCGUACCCGAUCCAGUUCAUCAAUGGGGUCGUGAUUCUACUUGGAGUACUGGACCACCUUCUACAGGACCAACUGUAGCGGAAAAUGGUUCAGGUCUUUCUGAACAUGCUGUAUCUCAACCGAUUAUGGUAAAACGUGCUGCUAGUGCUUACGCAAAUGAUGGUACACUAUUAUCACCUCGAUCAACAGAUACUGGUGGUAUUGGAAUGAAAAUGGCCGAAUAUGUUUUGAAUAAUUCACCAUCAAAAGAUAAUCUAGAAUCAAGACUUAAUUCACGUAUAUUACAUGACAAACAAGCUGGUGGCCAAUCGGCAAGAGGCAAAAAUAAUGAUAAAGGGCCUCAUCAUCAUCCUAAUGCUAAUGGUGGCCUUGCCAACGGUUUUGGUAGUGGGAACGGAACUGAUGAUCCAACCAAUUCUAUUGAUCCUGCUGCGAAACUUUUCAAUCGUGCUCCAGGCCUAUCGCAUCAACUUUCUUCCGAUGAUAGUGAUGAACUUGUGACCGGUGUACCGAAAAAUCAUCUAAUGAAUAAAUUCGAUGGAAUGAUGGCAGCGGCUGCUGCUGCUGCAGCAGCAGGUGGAAUGCCUGGACAUCAUCAUCCAGCACCAUUUGCCGAUUUUAAUCCGGAUCAAUUACAAAUGCAUGGAAUGGAUCAAUUGCAUCCAUUCUCUGAUUACAUCCCAUUAUCAUUAGGGCCAUCAGCUACAGCCGAUUCAUUGAUGGAUGGCUACGGACAAACAAAUCCGGCAUUAUAUCAACAAGUUCAACAUCAAACUCGUCAUGCUUCCGGAUCCAAUAAUCCAUCAACAAUGUCGAUACUUUCUAAUCAUCAUCAACAGCAACAACAUCUGAAUAUGACAACUGCUCAACAACAAAAUCAGGCAAUGUCUUCGGCCUCUGGUGGUCAACCAUCUGCCAAUGCGGCCAAUAUGUUUGCAGCUGCCGCCACUCAAAAUCCACAGAAUCCAUACUUUCCGGCGGAUACGUUUCCAAUGAGUCAUAUGGCAUUAGCUGCUGCCGCUGGACCAGCAAUGUCAAUGUCUCAAUAUGCAACAGCUGCGUAUGGUUUUGCACCAUGGAACAUGUUUCCCACCGGUUUAAUGCCCAAUGCUGCUGUUCCACCUGGCGCCACUUCUAAUGGACAAAUGCAAGGUCAAUCAUCUGUCGGCCAAACUGGACCUUCAUCGGGAAUUCAACAACAGCAACAACAAUCAGGUCGAUCGAUUUCUGGAGCUGUUAAUCGCCCAUUAUCUCCAACAAGUCUUGCCGUUGCUGCUGCCGCGGUUCAUCAACAACAACAACAACAGAAUCAAUCGAAUGAUGGAACCAGCGGUAGCAAUUCACAACAACAACAACAACAAUUAGCUGCAUUGGCUACUGCUGCUGGUCCAUUGCCAUUUCCAUUUCCUGGAGCUCCAUCAAAUUUCUUCGAUCAAUUAGCCUCAAGUCGUGCUAUGCCACAACAGGCUGCAGCCCAUCUACAUCGUCUUAUGACACAACCACAGAUGAAUAUGUUACAAACGGCCACUGGAAACGGCAAUAUGUUGGCAGCUGCGGCCGCUGCUCGAAUGUUGCCAAAUGCUGCUGUAUCAGCGGCCAAUCCGCAACAGAAUCCACAAUCGCAAAAUAAUGCCUUAUUUGCUGCUGCAUCAACGACUGGUCCAAAUGGUAACCAACAACAGCAACAAAUGUAUACAUCGGCUUUGCCAAAUAAUUCAGCAGCACUAAGUUUAGCUGCAGCAGCAGCCGCAUACAAUAAUAUUCAAUCUAAUCCACAAAUGUUGAACAAUGCUCAUAGCAAUAAUCAAGCUGCUCCUCAAUUGGCUCCCCAACAAAUGGGUUUCCCUAAUCCUGCUUUGGGUCCUAUUGGAGCCUCAGGCCUAGGUAAUAAUGGACUUGGUAAUUCUAAUUCACCACGUCGUGAUUCAUUGGAUAAUCGUUCAUCGAACGCCGCUGGAAUGGGAUCUUUAGGAAAUAUUUUUCCUACAAUGAUUUCCGAAGCAAGUAUGGUCUUCAAUCGACAUAUGGCUAAUGCAUUGAAUGCUGCUGCUGGUCCAGCUACGGCUGCCAAAGCAAACGGCCUAAACAAUGCUGCCUCAUUUCAUCAUCCAUACAUCAAUUCACCUGGGCCGAUGGGCCUAGGAUUACCGCCACCUGGAAGUAACAUGACACCACCACCAAUGGAUGCUGUCAAUCAAUUUGGACCUAAUGCAAUGACAGGAACUGCACCCAAUCAAGCUUAUAUGAAUGGAAUGCGAUUGAUACCGAAUGUUGGACCUCCACCACCUCCCGAUAGUAAAUUCUUGAAUCGAAACGGAAUGAUUAAUCAACAAAAUCCAUUUGCAUCGGCCAAUUUGAACAAUACGUUUAAUAAUGUCGCGGCAGCUGCAGCAGUUGCAGCCCAUUCAUCACAUCAUGCUCUAGCAGCAUCAUUGAAUUCGUCUAAUCAUUUACAUCAUUUUAGUAAUGGUGCUGGUAUCCAUCAACAGGCGUCGGUUAAUCAUCAUCAGUCACAAGCGAAUAAUUUUAUUCUCAACAAUACAACAACAAGCCAUCGUUCCACAAGUGGUGCCAGUGGUGGCAACAAUCAACGAACACGAUCUAUCGAGAAGAAUGUUGGCCGUUCGACAUUGUUAGAGGAUUUUCGGAAUUCACGUCUACCAAAUUUGACAUUACAUGAUCUUACUGAUCAUAUAGUUGAAUUCUCUCAAGAUCAGCAUGGAUCUCGUUUUAUUCAGCAAAAAUUGGAAAGAGCUUCUGAUGACGAGAAACAAUUGGUGUUCAACGAGAUAAUUGGCCAGGCUUAUCAGCUAAUGACCGAUGUGUUUGGCAAUUAUGUUAUACAGAAAUUUUUUGAAUUUGGUACACCACAGCAAAAACAAGCUUUGGCCCAAACCAUCCGUGGAUCAGUUUUGGAUUUAGCUCUACAAAUGUAUGGUUGUCGCGUGAUACAAAAAGCAUUGGAAUCAAUAUCAACUGAACAACAAAAAGAGAUUGUGAAAGAAUUGGAUGGUCAUGUUCUCAAAUGUGUUAAAGAUCAAAAUGGCAAUCAUGUCGUUCAAAAAUGUAUAGAAUGUAUUGAACCAUCGGCAUUACAAUUUAUUAUCAACGCUUUUCAAAGCCAGGUUCAUGCAUUAUCAACCCAUCCAUAUGGAUGUCGUGUCAUACAACGUAUAUUGGAACAUUGUAACGCUGAACAAACGGCAAGCAUUUUGCAAGAAUUACAUACACAUACUGAAGCAUUAGUACAAGAUCAAUAUGGUAAUUAUGUUGUACAACAUGUACUUGAACAUGGUCGACCUGAAGAUAAGACGAAAAUCAUUAUGAUGGUACGUGGUAAAGUUCUGGCAUUGUCGCAGCAUAAAUUUGCAAGCAAUGUUGUCGAACGAUGCAUCACACAGGCUAUGCGUUCCGAACGUUCGAUGUUGAUUGAAGAAGUUUGCAAUUAUCCUGAUAAUGCUCUAUAUACUAUGAUGAAAGAUCAAUAUGCCAAUUAUGUUGUACAGAAAAUGAUUGAAGUAGCUGAAUCACAGCAACGGAAAACAUUGUUGAUGCGAAUCCGACCUCAUGUUUCAUCAUUACGACGGUUUACCUAUGGUAAACAUAUUCUUGCUAAAUUGGAAAAAUAUAUGAACACUGGAUCUAAAUCUGCUGCUGCUGCGGUAUCUGCUGCCGUGACAACAUCACCAUCAUCAUCGACGACUACCGCAGCCCAUGCAGCUGCUGCCAUUUCAACUACGACUGAUAAUAAUGUAACGGCAUCAUCAUCAUCAAAUACUGUAACAUCUACGACCGGUACAAAUUCGAGUACAAAUGGCUGCAAUAAUGAGCCGGUCGAUAAGUAAGUCCUUCUCAUAUAUAAGAUUGAGCUUGGCUACUCUAAAAGAAAGUGAAAACUUCUUUUUCAUCAUCAUAUUUUCAUAAAUCACAGAUAACCAAUCAUCGAAACACAUACAUGAUUAAUUAUAAAAACUUUCAUAGUUUAGUUUAGAUUUUUCUUUUAAUCAUUUGUUUGCCAUAACAAAAAAAAUUCUCUUUACACACAACAAAUCGGUUUUUCAUGUUUUCUGGUUACAGGAAAGUCUUGACACACACACACACACACAUACGUACAUAGCGAAUAAUGAUAGAGGUCCAUAUCAGUGCGAGAGAAAAAUAGUCGGGGAGAAUCAGGAAUCUUUGGAUUUUGGAUUAUAAAUAUUUUUUUUUCUAAUAAUUUCAUUUUUUUCUGUACAAAAUUUUUUUUCGAUCAUUGUUUUUUUUGUUGUACAAAAUUUUAUCAAUAAUUUCUUAAUGUUUCUGAUCUGAUUAUGAUGCUGAUCUCCGAACACAUUAGUCAACGAAAUUUUAUUUUUCUGAUUCAUUUAAAUAAAUAUGGCAGAAUUAGAUAUACUUUUUUUCUCAGUUUUUUUUUGUUCAAAAAUGUUUCCAUAAAAUAUCCAGAUCCAAUGAUGGUGAUGAUGGUGUAUAGUGUGAUAUAUAAACUAUAUAUUGUGAAAACAAAAACAAUUUUUCUAAUAAUUUCAAUCCAAAGUGUCCAAAUUGUUCGAUUUUUCUCUUUGUGUGUGUGUGUGUGUGUAUGUAAAAUUGUAAAAUUUUUUUCUUGACAAUUUAUUUUCUUCCCUCUCUUUUCUCUCUCACUUGAUUAUGGGCGCUCAUUGUGUGUUUGGUUGAAGUUUAUUUUUUUCAAGAAUUGAUGACCGAGAAAAAAUUUACUGAAAGUUAACCUAAUUGAUUCAAACAAAAAC